CGCGAGGGCCUUGUUCUCUGUUUGGUUCUCUCAUCUCGACUGUGUUUCGUUUUCAGUUCUUCGCUGGUUGUCGGUCGCGCAUAGAACUCGUGCAGCUUAAUAAAGACCAGGAUGUCGAGCAUAGCGGCGAAGCGGUUGGCGAAGGAGCUCCGCGAGAUCCACAUGAGUGGCUGCCCUGUCGGAAUCAAACUCGUCCAGGCGGAUGACUUUGAGAAGUGGAUCUUCAGCAUCGAGGUGAUGGGUGAAUCACUGUACAAGGACCAAUCUUUCCUCCUCCAGUUCCGCUUCGAUAGCCAAUACCCGAUCUCCGCCCCCGCUGUGCAGUUCGUCGUGGACAACACGAGGAAAGCCCCCGUGCACCCGCACAUCUACAGCAACGGUCAUAUCUGUGCCUCGAUAUUGGGCAACGAGUGGUCGCCCGUGCUGAGCGUUACGGCAGUCUGUGUGACCAUGCAGAGCAUGCUGGCAUCCUGCAAGUCACUCGAGCUACCCGAAGACAACGACAGAUACGUCCGCCACGCACCUGAUAACCCGAAGAAGACUCGCUUCAUGUACCACGACGACAAUGUAUGAUACCCUGUCAGCCGCUGAGGGACGCUCGUGUUCCGUUCUAUCACACCUACCCUUGUAUUCUACGCGACUGCAACGAUGUACUGAUGCAUUUGGACUUAUAUCUCCGUCAGUCUACAUGUCUGACCCCCAAAAGUUUUUUGAGCACUGCCGGUGA